AUGCCACACAUAACUGAAACAAAAGACACAAUUUCAAUAAUUAUUACGGUCUUAAAUGGUGCAAAAUGGGUUGAUGGUUGCAUGGAAUCGAUUAUUAAUCAGACAGCUGUGAGAAAAUGCAAAACAAAUACGUUAGGCGAAGCGCAGACUCCUGAUGUGUCAAAAACCAUGACCUCACCAACAACAUUUGUAGUUACCGCCAAAAAUAACAGUAACAGUGAUAGUACAUUUGCUCAAUUAACAAAACAACAGGCAACAAGUAUAACAACAAAUGAAUCUCGACAAGAACAUCAAAGACAAUCAUCCGAAUCACUACUACAAAUUGAAAUUUGUGUAUUUGAUGAUUGCAGCUGUGAUAAUACCUACGAUUUACUUUGUUCGUGGCAAAAAACACUGAGAGAAAUUUAUAAUAUACCAAUGAUUAUCUUGAAGAAUAGUACAGGACUAACCAAAGGAGUUGGUUAUGGGCGCAAUAGGGCCAUUGAAGCUUCCACAGGGAAUUAUUUAUGCUUCCAGGAUAUUGAUGAUGAAAUGAUGCCAGAACGCAUUUCAAAGCAAUAUACAUUGGCAAAACUCCAUACUAAUGCGAUAAUUGGUUCGAAAUUUACCCGCAUACCGAAUAAUGCAACCUGUCGCUUUACAAAAUGGGCCAAUGAUCUUAGCGCGGAAAAAUUAAUGAUACAAAUCUACACAUCCAAUGGACCCACAAUAAUUAUGCCAACAUGGAUGUGUCAUCGUAUGGUUUAUAAUCAAAUCGAAGGUGGAUUUUCGGAAGAAGGUAAAGGAUGUCCUGAGGAUUUGAUAUUCUUCUACAAACAUUUAGAUAAUAAUGGCCAUAUUAAGAGAGUAGAUGAAUAUUUAGUAAAAUACCGAUACCACAAUGAAGCCACAACAUUUAGUGUCCAAGAAAAAACCAUACGACACAUUAGAUUAAAACAUUUAUUACAGAAUGUAAUGCAAAGAAAGCCAUGGUCUGAGGGGUUUUCAAUUUGGAAUGCUGGUAAACAAGGUAGAAGACUUUUUCGUGAAUUGCCAAUGGAGCAAAAAAGAAAAGUUUCGGCAUUUUGUGAUGUUGAUAAAAACAAAAUAAAUAAAUUUUACAAAUACUAUGAUCGUCUAUGCCGCCAGCAAACCUUUAGCAUUCCCAUUGUACAUUUUAGUCAAGUUCAACCUCCCAUUAUAAUUUGUAUGAAACUGGAUUUAACAAAUGGUGAUUUUGAGGCAAAUUUACAAAGCCUUCAACUCAAAGAAGGCAAAGAUUAUAUUUUAUUUACAUAA